AACGUCAUGAAUUGUCAAAUGACUGGAUGAAAAAGUAAAAAUAGCAAGUUGUUGAAUAAUUUUUUAUUAGCAUAUAAGCAUUGCUUUGAGAUUUGAAAUUCAUUGUGUAUUGUUCUGUUUGAACAGUGAGGUGUUUAAUUGUUUUAAUAAGCCAUGGAGGAUGAUGAGGCUCUAAAGAAAUUGGCUUUAAAAUUAGGUUUUAAGCCACAAAAAGAUAUAAUUUAUAACAGAUUAUUGCCAUAUUCUGAUCAAAUUUAUGAAGAAGCUUCUGAAGAAUUAAAAAUCAUUAAAACUAACCUUCUCAAAAGUUUUCUGGCUCGUGAACUUGAGCCAGGAUUUUUGUUAUGGUCGAUUCGUUUGGUUCAAUACAUUAAAUUAUAUGGCUACCUUUUCUCCAAGGAAGAUCAUAUUAGAUUGAUAAAAUUAUACCUAGAGGUACUUAAAAUAAGGAAACAAGACCCAAUAUGCAUCUCUAAAUGGUGUAAUACGUUGAAUUUGCUGUUGAAAAAAAAAUACCUCUUAUCAAGAGAUGAGUUACAAAUUGAUUGGAAACCACUUCAUGAUCUUUUCUCUAAAAUUCAAGAUGAUAUCAAAAGUGGCAUGUACAAACAUCCAGCUUCUAUGGAGAAUGACAUUUUGUCAGUUAUCAUUUCUUGUCGAACGUAUUUUCCAGCUUCUGAUACCCAAGAUAUGCUCAACAAAUACAAGCCUCAAAUGUGCCCUUUAGAUGACUCGGAAAUGCUCUUGAGCAUUUCUGCCUUAGAUGCCCUAUUGCCAACUUGCGUGAAAGCUGAGGAAGCCUCAAUUAGUUAUGACUUAUGGUUUCCAGAAUUUAUGACUUUAUGGAAUUCAUGUAGAAAUGAUUGUGCUUGGGAAAAUUCAAUGAUGUCCCUUAUAUCCAGACUUAGUGCCAAUAACAUUGGUUAUAUUGACUUUGAACCUUAUUUUCCUUCGAUGUAUGCGAGAUUUAUACGUUCAUUUCAUCUUCCUGUCCAUUUCAAAAUGAGAACAUCGAGCAAACAGUAUAAUCUGGGAAUGCAAUCCAUUGCUAUUUGGAUAAUAAGUACUCUGAAUCAUAAAACAGACACUUCUUUCUUGUACCUAGAAAAAUUGAUGCACAUGAUUCGGUCUUUCCUCUACAGUGCAAAUUCAGGAAGAUGGACCUCGAGACUGAAGGAAUUGCUCAGUAAGCUAUCAGUACAGUUUGCUCAUAGAAUAUACAUAGAACGCUACCGUCCAAAAUGUUGGGGUAAGGAGGUGCCAGAAGAUUUUAAAUUGAGUGACGCAGAUAUUGACAGGUUUGUCAACAUAUUGAAGCCUUGCUUGGAUACAGCUAUGUUUUCGAGACGCGUUUCCAACGAUGUUAAUUUCGCUCUUCUAUAUUUAUCUGCUUUGAGACCUAAUCUCGUGAUUCCCAUGAUUUUGGAAAAGUUAUAUGCUGCCCUAGACAGUUUGACAGAGCCCCACCGCCUUUUAACCACAAUGAGUGCAGCUAUAUCUGUUUCGAGGUGUUUGGCUGAAGGGGCUAAAAAUAACUACCCUGAAGGACCAACACAUAUCAUCCCAUUAUUGAUUGCAAUACUGCCCGGAAUAGAUCCCAACGAUUUCAACAAAUGCGUAGUCACAUUCCAGUUCAUAGCUCAGUUUACUUCAAUGAUCCCAAUAAUCGAUUCGUCAGAAGCUGCAAACCAUUAUGAAGAUAUGACCGAAGAAGAACACAUAAUGUGUGAAGCAUCUGCUGGAUUUGAAGAUUUCAUAGUUCAGUUCAUUGAUAAAAUCUGUGUUUGGAUAGAAUCUUGCUCAUUGGAGUUUGUUAGACCAGAACAACAAUCUGGAGAACAGACUGCGAAAGGUUUAAUAGAAGUGAUGGCUGAGAAGGCAAUGCAAUCUACAAUUUGCACUGUUCUUGGACAGUGUUCUCCGAAAAUUUUCAUGGCCGCUCUGAAGAAAGUAUUCAAUUUCAUCUCCAAUAACAUUUUAGAAGUAGAUGUUGGUGGAAAACUGGCAGCCCUCCUGUGUGGUUGUUUUACAAGGGUCAAUGCGAAAGAAACUCUGAAAUUAUUCGUUCCAUAUUUAUGCAAUAAAAUCAACGCUCUUCUAAAUGAAAACGCCAACGCUCAGAAAGAAGAACACCUGGAUGGUGAAAUUUUAUUCAACUUGGUGGUUCUCUCAGAGGUAGUCGACGGAUUAAAUGAGAUUCUACCCUAUUUAGAUGAACUAAUGAAUGUUCUCAAUAGAACUCUUCACAUGUCUUCUCUUCGAGCAUCCAAAAUAGGUGUUAACAUGCUUACAAAUAUAAUAACAACUCUUACUUCUAUAACUCCUUUAGAAAGAAGAAGUUCGAAUAAGAGUUACUCGUUGCAUGUAAAAGAUUUUCUUUCUGUACGAGAAUGGGCACACCCUUACGAAGCUAAUGAACUGAAAGUUAACUGGUACGUUCCGGGAAAAUUCGAACUUGAAAAUGUCCAGUUGCUGAUUAACACAUAUCUCAUUCCGGAGUUGGACAAAUUGAAUGAUUAUUCUUGUGGAAAAAUUACUUUGUCUCGACCUCAGCUUCGGAACUCGUUGAAAAUCAUCAAUGCCAUGAUGUCCGCUCAUUUGUAUCUUCCGAUGUGGGAUGAACCCCUUGUACACCUUAGAAAGACCCAAGCAGAAAUAUCAAGAUUCGAAAUUGUAGAACUGAAAUCACAUUCACUCACAAUGCCAGAUGGGUCAAAUGUGAGGAAAGCUGUUGCAGAUACUUUACACGUUGUACAGAAAAAGCUCUUAGAAAUCGAUGAAGGUGAUACUAAGAGCUCCAAUUUAAUUGCUAACAUAUUUGUUGUUUUACUGCUUAAUGAACAACAAUUCUCAGAUUCAGAAAAAACAUGGAAGCACUUUACUUUCAUGAAAAAAAUAAGUCAGAGUCCGGUCAUCUUCAGGAAACGGCAUACCAGAACUAUAUUGAUAGACAGAGCCAAUCUACAACAACAGAUUAGGACUACAAGUAACAGAUCAGCCCUAUUCACUCCUACUCACCAGCAAAUACUGAAUGAUUUAUUCGAGCAAGGAGUUUCAAGUUAUAGGGAUAUGAGGCUAUAUGGUCAAUCCAAGCUCUUCCUCAUUUUGGGUUACUUUCCGUAUAGCUAUACUUUGCUUACGCAGAAACUGAAAGCAAUAUUACAAAUGAAUACCAUAGACCAUCAUUCGAAGUACAAAGGUUGUCUUUAUAUUCUUCUUGGGGUAAAAAACUUCCCGUUGAUCGCCAGAAGGGACUGGAAGUUUAUAAGUGAAAUAUGGCCCUCACUUGUUACUUCGAUGCCUUCAGAAAAAUUGUCCAUCAUAAAUUUGAUAACACAAAUUUCGGAAUCUGUUUCUUCAUCUUUUCAGACAACAAAUAUCGAUUCGCAAUUUUCCGAUAAGAUUGUGGAUAAUGUUCGGGAGAUAUUCGGUGUUUCAGAGACAGCUGUUGAAGAGGAAUCAUCAAAACGUUUACAAGAAAUUCAAGAUCAGAAGAGAUCUGAUUAUAAAAAUUGUAUAAAUUCUCUUUUGAAAGCCUGCAUUGAAAACGACCUACAUUGGAGAUUUCAUCUUCUUGCUAUUGGUUUUCUCAGGGAUAUUGUCCAUUUAGAUGUUAAAUAUGACAGAUUCGUUGUGAAAUAUUUUCUAGAUGCCCUUAUCAACGAAUCAAUUCUAGUCAGAAAGAUUGCCAUCAAAGUGGUAUUGUAUAUAUUAAUCCAAAAUAAAUUGAAGUUCAAAAAAACUGAAAUAGAUCCAUUCCAAUUUUCGAAUUCAAAGAAGAACGGUCCACUUCCUCCAGGUUAUAGAAGGGAUAAUGAAUGGUUAUUAUACAAUAGCAAUGACUUACCGAAGAGUUCCAAAGAGUGGAAUGAGCUCAAAUAUGUGAAUGAUUCUUGUAGUGGAUAUUAUAUGUGGCCUGAUAAAUUGGAGGUUUAUUGUUCUCCCGAAGAACAACCUAAUUUGAUUGAUUGUCCUGAAGAAAUGAACGAGGAACAGAAAGAAAUCUAUUCUUUUUUUACCAAUGAAGAAAAUAUGUCAAAACUUAUGUAUUAUUUCUCACUUGAAGAUAAAAAAGGUGCCGAUCAUUUCAAUCCCAACAGAGCUUCAAUUUUCAAGUAUCUGGCCAAACUCUUUCAAGAUAAAAUACUAGAUAUGGUAUUACCGCAUGUGGAAAAGUUUGCAUCAAACAAACUGGAAUCCCAUCAAAGAUGUGCUGCUGAAAUUGUAAGCGGAAUGAUCAGAGGAUCCAAGCACUGGACAUUUGAGAAAACAGAGAAAUUGUGGCACAAUAUCAUUCCCGUUUUACAGAAUGCCAUUCAGAAUAUUCUGACGGAAACCUUGCAAGAUUGGUCGAUGUGUAUCUGUUUAUCAUUGCGAAGUAGAGAUUCUCGAAGAUACCACUGGUUAAUGGAAUUUUUGUUGGAUGAUCCUUUAGCUGAUCCUACUUCCUUGAUUGCCAGUACAAAAUUACAUUUGUUCAUGAACACAUUAUUCAUGCAACCCUGGAGGAACUGUGAUUUAUACAAUCGUCUUAUGGACUAUUUGAAAAAACAUAUGACUCAUCCUUUUCAGUUGAUAAGAAUCAAAAUAAGUACCGCUCUGAAGAUUAUAUUCCUUUCUGAUUAUGUACCUCCUGGAGGAGUACAGGAUAAAAAUCCAAAAGUUAGCAAAUUUUUUGACGAGUACAUGCCCGUUUUGGAAUGGCUUUAUUACGAUACAUUGAAAAAAAUUGACAAUAAUCAAAACUGUGAUGAAUUAUUACCAACAAUAAAAGAUAUCAAAAGAGAAGAUGCACUGAAAUUGUUUAAAAUAGUGAGUAAAUUUAUUACAUCGUUUCUUGUUUGUCGUUUAAAUUUAUCCGUACCGAUGGAGUUCUACCGUACACUGCCAGUAACUUGUGUUCUUCAAAGUAAUGAUGUGGAUGAUGAAAUUCAACCGAUGUGUUUGAAUAUGCUGGCACUUUUGGCUCAAAAUUUGGUGGUCGUUGACGAUGUACCUGAAAUCAUAAGGAUUAUAGAAACUGUAAUAGCCUGUCCGCUUUGGACUGCGAGAGGUGUAUUGGCAGAAUUUUUAUCCUCCUUUGUUUUUCACAAUAUGGCCAUCAUUUCAUCGAGAGAAGAAUGGAUUACACAGAUAAAAUCAUUUGUUAUGACAUUGCUGGAAGAUCCUCAGCCUGAAGUACGACAAAAUGCUUGCAAGUUUCUGAGUGGGUUGCUUCACUGUAAUUUCUUGCCUUCACAAUCGGAAUUGCUGGAUGAUUUCAAACUGAAAGCUAAAACAAAAUUGAAGAAAUCCAAAUUGAGAAGUUCAGCUGGAUCCGUUAAUACUAGUCAUUUGAUCAAGCGACAUUCUGGUAUUCUUGGACUUUGUGCAUUCAUCAGUGCCACCCCAUAUGAUAUUCCCGAGUACCUUCCCGACAUAUUUGGAGUAUUAGGUCCACAUUUGAAUGAUCCACCCCCUAUUCCUGAUACGAUAAAGAAGACCAUAUGUGACUUCAAGCGGACACAUCAGGAUAAUUGGGAAAUACAUAAAACUCAGUUUACAGAAGAUCAGUUACUUAUAUUCCAAGAUCUCACAGUGCCUCCUAGUUAUUACGUGUAAAAAGAAACGCUCCAGAUUUUAAUCAUCUGCUUCAAACUUAUUGAAAUAGGGUUUUGCGGUCAUAAAAGGAUGUUUAAAAUACAACCAGAAGGAAAAUUGUAUUUUAACAUUGAAUCUUUCCAAGUAUGACGAGAAGUUCCAUUGAAGAAGAAAAUAUUUGAUUUUUUCCAAUUAUUGUGAUUGUAAUGGUUCUUUGAUAUACUGAUAAUGUUGAUUAGGAAUUUUAAUUACUGCGAAUCUCAAAUAUUUCUGAAUUCUCGUUGAAGAUCUUAAGAUUAAUGUAAAGUUUUUUAUUCCAUCUACUGAAUAUUUAAAGGAUGAGGAUGUAGGAAUUUAUAAAUAUGGUUUUAAUAGGUGUUUGUUGAUCUUAUCAUAUUUUAUGUUUUAUGAAUCUCGAUGUAUGAUACUGAUAUUUUUCGAAAAGUUUUAACAUGAAUUUGUAGGAUUAUGUUAUUUACACAAUAAAUAGGACUAAAUCUACUGAA